AGCACAAGACCGUCAGUCGGCAAGAGUCGUCUACCUGGAGAGCUGUGCUUACAAGCCGCGUCAAGAGCAGGUAUUUAACAAGGCUGCAACCUAACCCACUUGAGUUCUAAAGCAUCAUAACUUCUCGAGUGCGACAAGGAAGUCAACAUGCAAAUUUAUCAGAUCAUUGUGGCGUUGGCCAUAAGCUGUUUGGUGGCUGGUAGUCCCGUGCCUAGUGAAACUCCAUCCGCCCGCAACGAUCAAAUUGCAGAAGCUCGUGAGCAUUUCGAAUCUGCGGUCCAUCACCUGGAAGCCGAUGAAGCUUUUCCAGCGGAAGAGGUUGCCAGUGACAUUUCCACCCAAGCAGAAAUCUAUGCCGACCGUAGUUCCUUAUACAGAUAUGAAGAUGAGCCAGAAAGUGGCGUCCGCCAAUUCGGUGUUGCCAUUCCCGAGCUGAAACUGACGCAGUUCCAGAGAUCCGACGAUGACGGUCGUUACAGCUUCGGCUACGCUUAUCCCGGACAAAUUCACAUGCAGUCCCGCAACGAAGACGGAGUCGUCACUGGAUCUUAUUUCUACAACGAUCCCAACGGCACUCCAAAUCAGGUUCAAUACAUGGCAGAUGGUAGUGGAUUUCGCGUUGCAGCCAAUAAUUUGCCCGUCUUCAUUCCCGGCCAUCAACCCGAAGCCGUUCAGGACACUCCCGAAGUGGAAGAAGCUAAGCGAAAGCACCUAGAAGCUUGGGCUGCUAUUGCUCAACAAAACAAAGCCCCAGUUACAGGCACAAAAGAGUCUACCGUCCAGAAAGUCGAAACUGCCGUUGAGGAUGAGAGCCGUGACGCUGUUAUUACAGAUGCGCUAGAGACCGAUAAAGUCGAGGCUACCAUUGAAAAAUUGCAAUCAUUCACGCCGACCAAGAUCGAACAAGAGGCUGUGGAAAUCAAGCCGUCCAACAAACAACCGUCCAUCAAACCACUCGAUCCUGACGUCAUCAUUGACGAAGAGAAUCAAGCCGUCAUCACCGAACAGGACGCAGACAUCAACGCGGGAAUUUUCGAAAUCGAUGCCGAACCGAUUCGAUUGUUGGCCCAACUUUAUGCUAAACACGUCGAGGAUGCUGAGCCUCCACAGCCGAUCGAACGGCCGGCCGGAUUCCAUCCGCAGAACCUGCAACCGCCCAGCGGUUUCGAUUUGUUCAGCCGUUUGGAAGGUGACGAUCGCCAGGCCAUUGAGAUCACCAAUCCUGAAUUUGUGGAUCUUCGAGCUUUCUUGCUGACCAAUAGGAUCCGCGCCAGCCAGAUCCCUCACAUCCUUCCAGCAAAGGAGGAGAAACAGCAAGUGAAACCGUCCAAGUUUGACGACAACGCCGACCUCCUGACGCCCGAAGAGGCCGACGAAUUGGACUUUGAUGAUGGUGACAUUGUUGACGCCAACGAUUUGUAUAAUUACUAUUUCAACAUCGCCAACGGUGGAGUCGAAGGGCCCAUUAUUGCUGUUAAUCGCGAAUCGCUUAGCAAAUUACCAGCAUCUUUGCAAUUGGCUUUGACCGGGAUGGGAGCCAUUGAUGGCCACCACAACGCCCAAUCGAUGCCCAGCCAGCAAAUCCAGCAGAAGCAGCAGUUGCUGAACCAGCAGAGGUUCGCCAGCAAUUACAUCAACCAACGCUAUUAUUCGCCUUAUUCUUCGCUCUACUCUCCCUAUCAUUUCUAUCGCCAAAACGCCCACAUGAGUCCUUACAAUUAUUACGCAAGUCCUUAUUCUUCUUAUUACCGCUUGCCAUCGGCCACGCCCUAUUCGUCAUUCCCGUACACUAAUUACAACCCGUAUCAUUCUUAUUAACGAGCUUCAAUCGUUACGCCAUUUUGAUUGACAUUGCAUUUAAUUAUUACGUUUUGUUUGUUUUUUUUUGUUUUUUUUGUUCUGUUUGUUUUUAUGGGGUUUUUUGUGAAAAAGGGGAAGAUUUUUGGUUUUGUAUUGUUUUAUUCCAAUCUUAUUUUGACACGGAAUAUAAAACUUUUGUAUCCGACAAGUUGUUGUUUCAAUAUUCAAUGGUAUUAUUAAAUCAUUUAAAAAAAACAAAAACGGAAUACAAUUUUUACAACAACA